AUGUGGGACAAGGCCGAGGCAUGGGGGUUCCAGUCGCCAGGUGAAUACAACAGAGACGUGCUCCGAGCGGCUUUGGCUCAGCCGUCCACAUCUCUCCGCUUCACGUGGGGCCGGCGCAGCAAGCGAGCCCGAGACACUCAAGAGCAGCCUUCCACGUGGCAGCUCUCAUGGCCAGUGCAGCGGGAAGGCCUGGAGAUGCGGGCAGGUGUGCAGCUGAGAGCAGUGGAGGGGGAGGAGCAGCAGCGAGCAGCGGUGGGACGGAUACUGGAUGUAGCCAUGCGCGGGGCUGCUGCAGCCCAGGUGGGUGGCGAGGAGCAGCAGGGAGCAGCGGUGGGACGGAUACUCGAUGAGGCUAUGACGAGCAGCGGUGGGCGCACCUUCAAUGAAGGCAUGAGCAGGGUUGCUGCUGCACAGGCGGAGCAGCAGUGCAGCAGGGAGGCGUGUGGGAGGAUGCAGAGGGAGGCAGAGCGGUGCUUGCAGCAGAGUGAGCGGUUCAGAGAGGAGAAAAGCCGCCUGGAGGACGAGCUAUUGGGAAAGGUGUGUGUGCUGUGCAGUAGGGUGUGCUUGUAA